AUCCGCAGGCAUUCGAUCCGCACGCCGAGGAUAAACUUCAUCUUCGGCUGCAUCGGGCACGGUCCGUUGUCCUUACCUCCGAAGAGCUAGUCGAGAUCCGUGCGGCUCAGAGGACGUACGAGGGGGCCUACAUGCGGACCGCCCUGUCGCAGUUCAGCUUCGCGCUCAUCAUCCUCAAGAUCUUCACAUCCGAGUUCUACCCCAUCGGGGCCCUAUUUGCCGUUUACGGUUUCUGCGUCUUGUUGGUUGCCGUGUAUCGACGCCAUGAGGGCAAUCGACAAUUCUUCAACGAGGAAGUAUCAGACAGUGACACAUCCCCCGCUCCCCAUGCCGUUGGUGGUCGAGACAACCAUGAAAGGCAACCAUUGACCAAGAGGAAGUUUCGCACCAGUGGGAACAGCGUUGCUCUACUCGCCGCCUUGAGUCUUGGUGCAUACGUUACUUUAUUGUGGCUUAUCUGGAAUAUGGAGGCUUGA